UCGCACCGACCGAGCGCUGGGAGCGGCAGCGGCCACCGCAGCGGUAGAAGUAGCAAUUUAUCUGUGUGCAGACCCAAUAUUGGACGAAGAUGCUAAUUAAAGUGAAGACGCUGACUGGAAAGGAGAUUGAGAUUGACAUUGAACCCACAGACAAGGUGGAACGAAUCAAGGAACGUGUGGAAGAGAAAGAGGGAAUCCCCCCACAGCAGCAGCGGCUCAUCUACAGUGGUAAACAGAUGAAUGAUGAGAAGACAGCAGCUGAUUACAAAAUCCUAGGUGGUUCAGUCCUCCACCUGGUGUUGGCUCUAAGAGGAGGAGGUAGUCUUAGGCAGUGAUGGACUGUUUCUCCAUUUUACCUCCUUACCCUGUCUCUCAUAAUGAGACAUCAUAUAUCCUAUCACUCUCUGGGACACCAGAGUCACUGCCCCCUCUCCUGGAUGCCCAGUCUUGUGGGUCUACUGGUAGGAGACUUUGAGGACCCCAGGAUGCAGUGUUCCUGGCCCAAAGGGCCCUUGCUGGCUAUUGGGUUUUAAUUUGCAGUCCUCUGUGCUUCCCUCUCUUAUGGCUAUGUCCCUGGUUGUCAAUAAAAUAUUUCCUGGCCUCCUGGAA